AUGAUGCUCGGAGACAGCUGGCUCCCAGUUAUUCUAUGUGUGCUCGUCCUCGCAUACAAAAAUCUCCCCUUUGUAUGGCAUAUCCGCUUCCUCCGCACCCUCAUAACCCGACUCUUCCUCUCCCCAACCGCCAACCUCCCCCUGCACCCAACCCACCUCUUCCUGCCCGCAAUCCACCGCACCCGUUCCCCCGCCACAGAAUGUGACUACAACCUACACAAGUCCAACUCGACGUACUUCACCGACCUGGACAUCUCGCGCGGCAGCCUCAGCCUCGUCCUCUUCAGCCGGUGUCUGUCAUUCAUGCCGUCGGAGGCGAACCACACCGCGGCGAUGAUCCUCAGCGGUGUGCAGUGCAUUUUUAGGAGGGAGAUCAAGCCUUAUCAGGGGUAUGAGGUGUGGACGCGUGUGAUGGCGUGGGAUGAGAAGUGGUUGUAUUUGGUGUCGCAUUUUGUGGAGAGGGGGGCGAGUGGGCCGCGGGAGUAUGUGCUUCAGGGGGGGAAGAAGAAUGUGACGGCGGAGGGUUUGGAAAGGAAGAAGGAUAAGGGAGGGCAGAAGAAGGUGUUUGCGUCUUCUGUGUCGAGAUAUGUCUUUAAGCAGGGGCGAAAGACGGUGGCGCCGGAGGCGGUCCUCCUGCAGUGUGGGCUGUUGCCUGGACGGGAGGACGCAUCGUGGGAAGUGAUUGAAGAGAGGAGGAAGCGGGAUGUGGAGGCGGCGCAGCUGAAGAGAGGGUGGGAUGCGGUGCAUGGAGCGUUUGAAGAGGUGGAUGUUGCGUUGGGCAGGUAUACGGAUUUGAUGUGGAGGUGA